AUGGCCAGAGCCUACUUCAGUUCAGUAGGCUCCGCCGUGCCAUCUCUAAAGCCUCCGUCGUUCUCCGCCAGUCCACCCUCUUUCCGCCACCUCAGCUCAUCUUCUUCCCAACCAUUUCUUUCAGCAUCCAGGACAGAUAAUAAUCCUACUAGCACGGCCUCCACAAUGUCGUCGGACCUUCCUCCUCCUCCCCAUCCCUCUCUGGAAGUCAUCGGCGGAGCUAAAGAUUCAUUCCUCCCGGUUUUCAAGACCACCCUUCUUCACCGUCCUUAUAAGCCUUACCCUUUCUUCGCUUGGAAUAGACACGUGGAGACCAUCUUUGCCGCCUUCUUCCGCUCUCUCCCCGAAGUUAAAUUCCGGCGAGAGUGCCUCCGCACGAGUGACGGCGGCUCUGUCGCUCUUGAUUGGGUCUCCGGAGAUCACACCCGCCUACCCCACGAUUCCCCUCUACUCAUUCUGCUACCGGGAUUGACCGGAGGGAGUCAGGAUACGUAUGUUAGGCAUAUGGUGGUGAGAGCAAGGAGUAAAGGCUGGCGAGUUGUGGUGUUUAAUAGCAGGGGAUGUGGGGAUAGCCCAGUCACCACACCUCAGUUCUAUUCAGCUUCAUUCCUUGGUGAUAUGUCAGAAGUGGUAGCUCAUGUGAGUAGCCGGUAUCUGAAAGCGAACAUAUAUGCUGUUGGGUGGUCUCUUGGCGCAAAUAUUCUAGUUCGAUAUUUGGGUCAGGAAUCGCAUGCCUGCGUUCUCUCCGGUGCUGUGUCCUUGUGCAAUCCUUUUAAUUUGGUCAUUGCUGAUGAAGAUUUCCGUAAGGGCUUUAACAUUGUUUAUGACAAAGCUCUGUCAAAUGCUCUCUGCAAAAUUUUCAAAAAGCAUGCUCUCCUGUUCGAGGAUUUGGGUGGCGAAUACAAUAUUCCAGUAGCUGCCAAUGCCCGAUCUGUCAGGGAAUUUGAUGAAUGUUUAACUCGAGUUUCAUUUGGGUUCAAGUCAGUGGAUGAUUAUUACUCAAAUUCUUGCAGCUCGGAUUCCAUAAAGAAUGUCUGCACACCUUUGCUUUGCAUUCAGGCUGCAAAUGAUCCAAUUGCUCCAUCCAGAGGAAUUCCUCGUGAGGACAUCAAGGCAAACUCGAAUUGCUUACUAAUAGUUACACCAAAAGGUGGCCACUUAGGGUGGGUAGCCGGUGAAGGAGCCCCAUUUGGUGCUCCCUGGACCGAUCCAGUGCUAAUGGAUUUCCUUGAACAUCUGGAGCAAGGUAGAUCAAAAGGGUCUUCAUCUGGUAAUGAAGUAGCAGGUAAAAAGGAGGGAAGUGAAACAGAAGGCCUUCACUUUGUAGAGGUAUAG